GGGACACCGGCCCCUGCCCGCUGCACCCCUGCCCGCCGCGCAGUGUUCCAGAGGUGACAUAGCGGGUGGAACCCGCGGGCCCUGGUGUCCUCGGGCGCUGACCCUCGGUGCACCUGCGUGCUGCUUCAGGCCGCACCUGGUCAUUCGGCCGGGCCACUGUGUCCUGCCAGGUGAUGCUGCGAGGCGCGCGCCCCGCUGGGGGGCCCCGUGGCCGCCUCCCUGCCCCUGCACUCACAACGCCCCAUCAGUCAUCCCUGGAGGCGGGCUUUGCAGAUGGUCAGGCGGGGAGAUUGGCAGGUGGUGCUGGCCCUAGGGAUCUGGCCAGGGGCCAGUGCUGGGCUCUGCCCUGCUGGCCUCCCUGGUCACGGGGAGGGUCACUCCCACGGUCCUGCAGGUGGACCCAGAGGGGCCUUUCCACUUGGAACCCACAGCUGUGGGAGCCGGUUCCCGAGCUGGCUGUGAGAGGCCCAGACCUUUGAGUGCCAGGGCUGGGAGAGCAGCUGUACCAGUCGCCUCUCAGGCUGUGGGCGUUUGUGUCUGUGUCCCAGAGGGCCAGGCUGUGCCCCUUCCGCGGGCGUGGUGCUGUGGUCCAUGCAGCCCCUGCCAGCCAGCCCAGCAGCUCGGCUCAGCAAGGGGCACCUGCCGGGCUCGCUUUGGGGAAGGAAAGAGGCUCGGGUCCCGCAGAGCCGGCUCUGCCCAGACCCACGGGGCGGGGCGUGAGGCUAGGACAGCUGGCACCCGCCCAGCUCCUCCAUAGCUCUGAGGCCGGUGAGGGCCCACCCAAGUUUAGGUAGCUGCACCCAUGGAGCAGUGAACCUGCACGGGAAAUGCUCCCCUGGGGUGACUGUCAGGCCCGCGGGGCCCAGGUGGCGGGUGAGGGCAGAGCGGAGGCCUCUGAGCCGGGCCUGGGCCUGGGCCUGGGCACUUUGCCAGGCGCCUCGGGCUUCUCCGAGCCCAGCAGUGCCCCUUUUACGCCUGCCUGCCUUCUUCGUCUGCUCUCUCUGCAGGGUUGCUUGCUUGAUUUGAAAGGAGAGUGACAGAGGUUUCCAUCCGCGGUGCACUCCCCAAAUGGCUCAGCCGCCAGGGCUGGGCCAGGCCCGAGGCCAGGAAGCUGGAGCUCCCCCCGGGGGUCUCCCAUGUGGGUGGCGAGGGCCCAAUUAGUCGGACCAUCUUCUGCUUGCCCAGGGCACUUUGGCAGGGAGCGGGACUGGAAGUGGAGCAGCCAGCACUUGAACCAGCGUCCACAUGGGACGCGGGCACUGCAGGCGGCGGCUUAACCGGCUGCGCCAGAACGCCAGCCCCUCCUUUGACACUUCCAUCUUUUUUUUUUUUUUUUUUUUUUUUUUUAUUUGAAAGGCAGAGUCACCGAGAGGGAGAAGAAUGAACGUGAUCCAUCCACUGGUUCACUCCCUCAAAGGCCGCCGCAGCUGGGCUUGGCCAGCCAGGAGCCAGGGGCUCGCUCUGGGCGGUCCGGCCUCCGCUGCUCCCCCAGGCACGUUAGCAGGGAGCCGGCUGGGACGCGGGUGCGGCGUCGCCCGCCGUGCCACAGCAGCAGCCCCUCGUUUCUUCUUUACUCUUGGUGGCUCGGUAAGGAAGUCGUGGUUUGUUGAGGCUUCAGUGUGCACUCCGGGCGUGACACAACCUCUCCAGGCAGGAACCCACCCCCAGUGUCCUGGUGUUAACCGGGCCCUAAGUUAGAUACCAAGUAUUUAUUUUUACUAUCAAAAUAUGUACACAGAGUAACACCUUUCUUUCAGAAGUGCAUAGUGAGUGUUACAUGUUUGUAAGAUAGCCCUUGGAUAUUAAAAACCAGCGAACAGAAGCAAACCGACAGCCGUGGGUGGACGGCUGUCGUUAACCGCAGAGCGCCUGGCCCCUGCAGCCCCACCGACCGAGUGAGAAGCAGGCGGCUGUUGCCUUGAGUGACAGCCAUCGGCGCGCGGUGGGUCCUUCCCCGUGCCUGCCGCGCGGUGUGGGUGCUUCCCCCGUGCCCCGCGGGGCACAGCUCUGCGUUCGGCUGAGCAGCAGGCUGGGCUGUGGAGCAUUUUCCUGUGGGGUUCUGGUUGCUUCUCCUGAUGCUCUUCAGUGACGCAGCGUGCCGUCAGCUCACCCUACGGCGGCCGUACACCUGUAACCGUGGUGUGGGGCACCCAGGCCAGUGUGGAAGAACCUGUCCCUUGGGAGAUGGACAGCCAAGGGGCCCCUGCCAGCCUCGUGGACCAGAACCGACCCCCCCCCCGUGGGCCCUGGAGCCACGUGGGCAGCCGGCCCCUCAGCCCAUGCCCUCCCUGUCUCGCAGGGUCCCCAGCAUGGUGCUGAAGGCCUUCUUCCCCACGUGCUGCGUCUCGGCGGACAGCGGCCUGCUGGUGGGGCGCUGGGUCCCGGAGCAGAGCAGCGCGGUGGUCCUGGCUGUGGUGCACUUCCCGUUCAUCCCCGUGCAGGUCAGGGAGCUCCUGGCGCGGGUGCAGCAGGUCAGCCGGGUCGGCGUGACCGUGCUGGGCACCUGGUGCCACCACCGGCAGGAACCCCAGGAGAGCCUGGGCCACUUCCUGGAGGGCCUGGGUGCCAUCUUCUCCCACGAGCCCUGGCUGCAGCUGUGCCGGGAGCGGGACAGCAAGUCCUGGACCUGCAAGGCCACCCGCCGGCAGGCAUCCGCAGCUGCCGACGAGGACCAGGUCCUGCUCAUCUUCUACGACCAGCGCAAGGUGCUGCUGUCCCGGCUGCACCCGCCUGCCGCCCUGCCCGACCGCCAGGCUGGAGACGCCACACCCAGCGCCAGGGGCCUGGCUGCCGUGUUCGACACGGUGGCGCGCAGCGAGACGCUGUUCCGCAGCGACCGCUUUGACGAGGGCCCCGUGCGGCUGAGCCACUGGCAGUCCGAGGGCGUGGAGGCCAGCAUCCUCGUGGAGCUGCUGACACGGGCCUCGGGGCCCGUGUGCCUGCUGCUGUCCUGGCUGCUCUCCCUGCUGUCGGCCGUCAGCUCCUGCUGGGUGUGCAGGCUCUGGCCCCUGACCUUCGUCGGGAGCAAGCUCUCCACGUGUGAGCAGGUCCGGCACCGGCUGGAGCACCUCUCACUCAUCUUCAGCCCCCAGAAGGCCCAGGACCCCACCCAGCUGAUGAGGAAGGCCAACAUGCUGGUCUCCGUGCUUCUGGACGUGGCCCUCGGCCUCGCGCUGCUGUCCUGGCUCCAUGGCAAGAACCGGAUCGGGCAGCUGGCCGAUGCCCUUGUGCCUGCGGCUGAUCACGUGGCCGAGGAGCUGCAGCAUCUGCUGCAGUGGUUGAUGGGCGCACCUGCUGGGCUCAAGAUGAACCGGGCCCUGGACCAGGUGCUGGGCCGCUUCUUCCUGUACCACAUCCACCUGUGGAUCAGCUACGUCCACCUCACGUCUCCGUUCAUCGAGCGCAUCCUGUGGCACGUGGGCCUCUCUGCCUGCCUGGGCCUGACGGUGGCCGUGUCCGUCCUGUCGGACAUCAUCGCCCUGCUCACCUUCCACAUCUACUGCUUCUACGUCUACGGGGCCAGGCUGUACCGCCUCAAGAUCUGCGGCCUGUCCUCGCUCUGGCGUCUGUUCCGUGGCAAGAAGUGGAACGUCCUGCGGCAGCGGGUGGAUUCCUGCUCCUACGACCUGGACCAGCUGUUCAUCGGAACUUUGCUCUUCACCAUCCUGGUCUUCCUCCUGCCCACCACGGCCCUGUACUACCUGGUGUUCACCCUGGUGAGCAGAGCAGUCUGGAUGCUGGGCCUGGGCCUGGACACAGGCCUUGCCCAAGCUCCGGCUCCUGGUGGUCGCCGUGCAGGGCCUGAUCCAUCUGCUCGUGGACGUGGUCAACUCCCUGCCCCUGUACUCGCUGGGCCUGCGGCUGUGCCGGCCCUACAGACUGGCAGCUGGCGUCAAGUUCCGCGUCCUAGCGCACGAGGCUGGCAGGCCUCUCCGCCUCCUGAUGCAGAUGAACCCCCUGCCCUACAGCCACGUGAUGCACAUCUACCGCCUCCCCAGCUGCGGCUGCCACCCCAAGCACUCGUGGAGCUCCCUGUGCCGCAAGCUCUUCUUCGGGGAGCUCAUCUACCCCUGGAGGCAGAGGGGGGACAAGCAGGACUGAGAGACACGGCUGCGGUGCGCUCCGGGCCAGGGACCCUGCCUUCCCGCCCCACCCCGUCUGGAACCGGUGCAGGCCCUGCCUGGGGCACCUCCACUGCCCACCGGUCAUGGGGGCUGGGGGCGGCCCCCUGCUCCUGCUCUAGCCCCGUCUGCUGGGGUUUGCCCUUGGUCUGAUGCCUGGCGGCCCCGGCUCACAUGGGUCGGCCGCCACGGCAGUUCCCGCCGGGUGUGCUGGCAGUGCCGCCCCAGCCCCACCCUAGCGGGUUGGGCUGGAGGGACCCUCCCAGAGUGCUACUGCGGAGUCCCUGGAGCCUCUCAUCUGCCUCGGUGGGACGUCCCUGCCAUCUUGGGGGGUGCUGAGGGCACUGCGGCCCCGUUUCCAGCCCCUGGGAGCUGACGGCAGCUUUGCCAGACACUGAAGCUCCCUGGAGAUCGCUUGUGGAGGAGCCAUGACAGGCCCUGAGGUGUGGUCACAGCUGCCUCUGGAAGCCAGCUGCCCACCCCCCGGCUGCCCUGGCCCUGCCCAGUGCCUCUGUGGGAACCAGGCACAACCGUCCUGGAGGGAGGCGGCGCCCGCCUGGGCAGGUGCGCCUGCGGCUGUGGGGGUGUGGCUCCCAGGGACCGGCAGGCUGGGCCAGGCCCCCGGAGGGGUGCCCAGCCGUGCCACGCAGGCGGGCGCGUGGGCAGCAGCAAGCCUGUCGGUGCCGACAAUAAAACCUGUGUGUGUGCAGUGGCGGCUCGGCCUUGGCCCUCCCGCGUGGGCGGCGGGCCCAUGAGCAGCUUGGGGCUCUGCUCUGGGCUGGCCCUGAGGUGACUGCUCAGCCUCAGGUCUGGGGGGUGCAGGCCCUGGGUCCUUGACGCUUGCGGGCGUGGCCUCACCCCAGCACUAGGGGGCCCCUGAGGCAGGCUGGGGACGGGAGCUCAGCCACUUCUGGAUCCGACGUGGGGUCCUGUGCCGCCCGCACUGACUGAUGCCCGGGUGCCAGGGGCU